AUGGGGGUGACAUCCCUUUCUCUCCUGUACUGUGUUGUUUUUUCUACAAUUUUAUUUUUGUGUGUCCAUGGAUGUCCUCCUAAUGAACGGAGAGCUCUUCUCAGCCUUAAGGCCGCCUUCACUGACACUGAUCAAAUGGCCUUCCCUGACACUCAUGGAAUUCUGAAGUCAUGGGUGGGAGCUGACUGUUGUCUAUGGAAGGGUGUCCACUGCGAUGAAAUGGAAUUGGGUGGACAUGUUACUCAGUUGGAUAUUAGCAACUUUUAUCUCAGUGCUGUAGACAUUGAUUCAGCUUUGUCACAAUUGAAGCAUCUCAAAUAUUUGGAUUUGAGUGGUAAUGAUUUUGGGUUAACUUCUUUGCCUCCAGGUUUGGUCUCUUUAAAGAAUUUAUCAUAUCUAAACAUAGCCAGAACCGAUUUUGCAGGUAAUAUUCCAACUCAACUCGGAAAUUUGUCUUCCUUGCGUCAUUUGGAUGUGAGUGAUAAUUCUCUUUUGUCGGAUAACACUAGUUUGGAGUGGUUGUCUAGUCUAUCCUUGCUAGAGUAUCUUUCAUUGAGUGGGCUAUAUUUAGAGGACGUCCAGGCAACAUUGUGGGAUAUUAUUGGUCGUCUCUUCCACCUUACACAUCUGGACCUCUGUGGAUGUCUUUUUAAUUCCACUCUUCCAAUUUCUUUACAAAAUGUUUCCUCACUUGCUGUUCUAGUGUUUAAUAAUAAUGAGAUGCCAGGAUCGAUACCCAGUUGGAUGGGGAACAUGAGCAAAUUAACUUUCCUUGAUCUGAGUUCCAAUUGGUUAGAUGGUUCCAUACCCACUAGUUUCUCAAACCUUCAUUCCCUCGAACACCUUGACCUCUCGAAAAAUGAAAUUAUGGGUAUCCCCCUGGCUAUCACAAAUCUCACCGGUCUUCGAUAUUUGGAUCUGUCGGCUAAUAUGUUGAAUGGUAUACCUUCGAAUUUAGGGGACAUGCAUACUAAUGUGGGAAGUCUUUCUUACUUAGACCUUCACCAGAAUCAGUUAGAAGGUACCAUCCCAUCUAGCUUGGGUUCACUCUUCAAUCUUACUUACGUAGAUCUUAGCGGCAACAGGCUUAGUGGUCCAAUUCCUCCCACUCUAGGUAAUCUCCUGUCUCUUGUCGUCUUAGAUUUACAAGACAAUCAGUUGGAAGGCAGUAUCCCAUUCAGUUUAGGCAAUAUCAGCACACUGAAACACUUAAACCUUUCCGACAACCAGAUGAGUGGAGGCCUUCCCUUGUCAUUUGGUCAAUUGUCUUCACUCGUCACACUUGAUCUGAGAAACAACCAUUUGAAUGAAAGUUUUCCUUCUUUGCUUACGCUACCAUCUUCUCUGCACACUUUUUUGCUCUCCAACAACAGCAUGACAGGAACAGUUUCAGAUCAAGCUCUCUUGCGCAAUAGUUCAAGGUUGGCAGAAUUGGACUUGUCUUACAGUGGGUUGAAUAUCCACAUUGACUCGGCGCCUUGGAUUCCGCCUUUUCAGCUCCAUACCUUGAAUUUCAGAAGUUGUAAUAUUGGAGGUCCGAUUCCCAGCUGGAUUUCAACUCAAUUUGAACUUGAAAACAUGGACCUGUCAGACGCCAACCUUGUGGAAGAUCUUCCAUCUUGGCUAUGGGAAUUUUCAUCGGGAUUGAUUCGAUUGAACCUGUCAAACAAUCAUUUGGAGGGUCCUGUCACCGUUACUUCAAUCCCACUUCCACUGAAUGUGUUGGAUCUGUCUGCAAAUGAAUUGAAUGGUCCUUUAUUGCUAGGUAUUCAGCAUACAGUAAAUUUAGAGGUGCUCUUACUUUCAGACAACAAAAUUGGAGGAUCAAUUCCAGUUUCCUUAGAGAGACUGACAUCUCUAAAACUUCUAGAUUUGUCAAAUAAUCAGCUGAGAGGACAUAUUGCUGAUAGUUUGUGUGAUUUGCAAUCGCUUGAAGUGUUGCAUUUGCAGAACAACCAUUUAAGUGGACAUAUCCCUGCCGGCCUGGCCAAACUGUCGGCACUUAGAUUGCUCAACCUAGCAAAUAAUGAUCUGGAGGGUGAGAUUCCUAAAGACUUUGGAAACUUAACACUGCUUCUCUCUUUCCAUCUUGGAAAGAAUAAUCUGCAAGGACUCCUUCCUCUGUCCUUAAUAAAACUUUCACAGCUGGAGGUGCUUGACGUGGCAGAAAACAAUUUGACAGGAAACAUUCCAGAUUGGAUUGCUAACUACUCAAAUCUACAAGUUCUUGUUCUGAGAUCAAACAAUUUCAGAGGUAAUCUACCUCUACAGAUCGGCAAAAUGGCGGAGCUUCGAGUCCUCGACCUUUCUUCGAAUCUUUUGACCGGUGAAAUUCCAAAUAGCUACUUAAAUUUCUCAGCCCUCGUCCAUGUAGAGGAAGAUGUGUCUGUGCUCGGAGAAAACCGUGGGGAACGCUACUUCACUAGACAUUAUCGUGGUGGUCAUGCUGUAAGCGACACAGUGCUUGGAGAAAAUAUUGGCAGAAAAUACUAUUUAGAGGACUUAGAUCUAAUUACAAAAGGAUCGGAAAGGUAUUAUGGUUAUGUCUUUUCAAGUAUGACAUGCAUUGAUCUGUCAAACAAUAGAUUAUGGGGCCAUCUUUCAACGGAAAUUGGAAAUCUAAAAGGCUUGAUGUUUCUAAACCUUUCUAGGAACAGUUUCAAUGGUAACAUUCCAGGUAGCAUAGGCAAUCUUAGUCAGUUGGAAUCGCUGGAUCUUUCUCUUAACAGAUUUUCAGGAAAAAUUCCAGUCCAGCUUGGUUCUCUGGAUUAUUUGGGGUAUUUAAAUCUCUCUUACAAUAAUCUGUCAGGGGUGAUACCACAGCAAGGUCUUCAUAUGAUAACAUUUGAUAAAUCAGCAUUUUCAGGAAAUCCAAAUCUCAGGGGAUGCCCUGUUGAAAGCUGGAAGUGUUCUACGCAUCAUUCACCACUUACUCCUCCUACCAUUGAUGUCAAGGAAGAUGCAAAGCAAGGAUUUUCAUGGUAUGAGCUGAGCAUUGGAUGGUCAAUUAUGGCAGGAUUUUUGGCCGUGGUUUUGGUACUCACUUUCAAAGCGAACUGGAGAAAGAAGAUCUUUGACCAGAUGGACUGUGUCAUACAAUCUGUGUUAGGGUAG